AUGCGGGUGUCCCGACGCAAAUCUCGCGAGAACUACUGUUACUCAUCUACCGACUCGUACCUUCUUGACCUUCUAAACUGCCACGAUCAGCGAUUGAUACAUCAACCAAAUGCGGCCCGCAGUAAACUCGACUUGGAAGGUCAGGUGGCUACCGUCGUGGCUCUACGGGCUCUGUACUCGAGAUUCAGGAAUACGCCGUUACAGCGAAAGGUGCCCAUCUUUCAAUUCACGGCUUUCCACGAAAGCAACUUUUUCGUGGACGAAAAAUAUCACAUUACGGGUAUCGUGGACCUUGAGUGGAGCUGUGUCUUGCCCAUGGAAAUGCAACAUCCACCCUUCUGGCUCUCUGGACACGAGCUCGACGAUCUUGACGGAGACGGGACACCAGAGAACGAACAGAAGUUCGCGAGGGCCUGCGAAGAAUUCCUCCAGAUUCUCGAAGAAGAAGAUGAUGAGGUGGAAAUUUUCUCAAUUCGCCCUCGUGAUUAUGCUCAGGCAAUGAGAGACUCUCUUCGGAGAAAACAGCACUGGUACUGGACCGCGGUGAGAAUCCCGCCGAUCGCGUACAACAUAUUCAUCAACAAAAUACAACCUCUUUUUUCGUUUGCUCACUCGGAAGAUGACGCCGGCAUGUUCCAGGAUGUUGUGGCCAAAUACUGGAGAGUCGAAGCCAUGGCGUUUUUCGAGCAAAAACGCCUUGAAUGGAACGACUAUCUUCAUCAGUUGCGAUCCAUGCGGAAUCUUUCAAUCAACAUACCGGUCCGAGUCCUUUUUCCUAUUUCUUCGAUCUGGCUUCAUUGCGCGCAGCUCUGUUCGCUUUGCGUUUGUUCUUGGCCUCGCCGGAUGUUUUGA